UUGCAGAAAUAUAAUUAAUAGUAUACAAAAAUGUCCUGGGAAAAAUUCUUCUGGGGCCGAUAUGGAGGCGAAGCUUAUAGAACCUUCAACCGGCUCAGACUUCCUUUUAACUUCGUGCAGGUCAUGAGAGACUUUAUGUCAUUAAUAUUAUUCGCUCAUAUUGCUGCAUCUUAUUUAAUCCUAGGAGGAUACAACUUAUUAUACUUUACUUUUUGGGGACUCCAUAUGACUUAUAUCUCCCUACAACUAAAUUCUGCAGCUGCUCAAGACCAGAAAGAUCACCCAGCUGUUGUACAAGGUCCUCUCAGGCUGAGAUGGAGGAUGGCGGUAAUAGUUUUCCAGAUCACUCUUGUAACAGAGAUAAUAGUGACCCUCUUCUUUUUCGGGUUACUUUGGGAAACUCCUGAGGAGAUGACUACCAUUCACCUAUUUGCCAUAAGUAUCCAUGUAACUCCAUUGGUUUUCUUGUUAUUCGACUUCUUCGUCCAGAAAUGGGUGUUCAGGCCCUCGCAUAUUUGGUUCACUGUUGCCACGGUGGCAAUUUACCUAGUACUGAACUUUAUUUUCGUCAUGGCCACAGGGCUGUUAAUAUACCCUGUGCUUAAAUGGAAUGACCUGGUAUCAGUAGUUAUAGUCGUAUAUUCCUUCUUGAUUCCUGCUGUUAUUCAUGAACUGCUGAUGAUGAUUAGUAAGAUAAAUCUAAAAAAACUCAGCGAGAUUCCCCUGACCCAUACUAACAAGUUGAAUCUGACCGGUUAG